GAAAAUUUUUUCCCGUUCUUUCGGGCAAUGCGAUAAUAAUGUUUUCGGGUCGAUAGUUAAUAGAAAAUGGUUUAAUCAGGUGGAUUGAAAUCGAACAGCGGAAAGCCGCAAACACAGUGCUACCAGCCAGUGAUAAGCGCAAACAAUCUGCAUCCGGGCGGCGGCGGUCUGCGGGGAAGUGAAGUGUGAGGUUUCUUUCGUCGCGACCGGUCCUAUCGCCAAGGCGUGGAAGUGAACUUUCUAUCGCCACCACUCUCUCGGUGUGUCUGUUUCUGGGUGUGUGCGCAAACUAAGGGACCAAAAUGAUUGGCGGACUGUUCGUGUACAAUCACAAGGGCGAGGUGCUGAUAUCGCGGGUGUAUCGGGACGACAUUGGGCGGAAUGCGGUCGACGCGUUCCGCGUGAACGUCAUCCACGCCCGGCAGCAAGUGCGAUCGCCGGUGACGAAUAUUGCUCGUACGAGCUUUUUCCACAUCAAGCGCGCCAACAUCUGGCUGGCGGCCGUCACGAAGCAAAAUGUGAACGCGGCGAUGGUGUUUGAGUUUCUACUGAAGAUCAUCGACGUGAUGCAGUCGUACUUCGGCAAGAUUUCCGAGGAGAAUAUUAAGAACAACUUUGUGCUGAUCUACGAGCUGCUGGAUGAAAUUUUGGACUUUGGUUAUCCGCAAAACUCGGACACGGGUGUCCUGAAGACGUUCAUCACGCAGCAGGGCAUCAAGACGGCCACGAAAGAGGAGCAAGCACAGAUCACGUCGCAGGUGACGGGACAGAUCGGUUGGCGCCGGGAGGGAAUCAAGUACCGGCGCAAUGAACUGUUCCUCGAUGUGCUCGAGUACGUGAAUCUGCUGAUGAGCCCGCAGGGUCAGGUACUGUCGGCGCACGUGGCCGGGAAGGUCGUGAUGAAGUCGUACCUGUCCGGUAUGCCGGAGUGUAAGUUCGGCAUCAACGAUAAGAUCGUCAUGGAAGCGAAGGGACGCAGCGGUAUCUCGGGCAACGCCGAUAACGAAGCAUCGCGCUCCGGCAAACCGGUUGUGGUGAUCGACGACUGUCAGUUCCAUCAGUGCGUGAAGCUGAGCAAGUUCGAGACCGAACACUCGAUCAGCUUCAUCCCGCCGGAUGGUGAGUUCGAGUUGAUGCGCUACCGCACCACGAAAGACAUUUCGCUGCCAUUCCGCGUGAUCCCGCUGGUGCGUGAAGUGGGAAGAACCAAGAUGGAAGUGAAAGUGGUGCUCAAGUCGAACUUCAAGCCAUCACUGCUGGGCCAGAAGAUCGAGGUAAAGAUCCCGACGCCCCUGAAUACAUCCGGUGUGCAACUGAUCUGUCUGAAGGGCAAGGCGAAGUACAAAGCUUCGGAGAAUGCCAUUGUCUGGAAGAUUAAGCGCAUGGCUGGCAUGAAGGAGACGCAGCUGUCGGCCGAAAUUGAAUUACUCGAGACGGAUACCAAAAAGAAGUGGACGCGACCGCCAAUCUCGAUGAACUUUGAAGUCCCGUUUGCACCGUCCGGAUUCAAGGUGCGCUAUCUGAAAGUAUUUGAACCGAAACUGAACUACUCUGACCACGAUGUGAUCAAAUGGGUGCGAUACAUUGGCCGCAGUGGACUGUACGAAACGCGAUGCUAAUCCAGCAAUGUGCGAUGCAUUUUAUUUGGUUUUGCUCUCACUACUCUACGACCUCCAACAUGGACAAACAAUACAAAACGAAGUAACACGGUGGCCACCGAAAAAAUGGACCGCCAACCGGACUACAUCUCCCCUCGCUCAAAAUCCGUCGUUUGCCAGACCUUCACCGAUUACCCUCGGUGGCUCCUUGAAUUUCAUGCUAACGAAACAUUCUCGGACGCAAAGUUUUGUCCCACAGUACCGAUAUUGUUUCUCUCUCUUUAGUAUGCGUAUUGAGGUGGUGUAAAAAUAAGGAAAGGGCAUUCAAAACACAGAAUCACGAAACAUUUACUUUCCUUUGAUCUACGCUAACAAAAAUACUCUUUCGAUUUCACUCACAAUGAAUUCAUUCAUACAUUCGUUGCGCGGCGAAGUGCCGAGUGGCAAACAAAAUAAGAGCGGACAGCGGACACACAAUAUUAAACGAUACGACAUCGCAUUCUGUCUAAUGUAAUUCUGUCUGUGUGUGGCGAUGUUAAACGAAAAGAGUGACGUGUCUAGCAAGUUAUGUGUUAUUAUCGAACCCUCCCCUGUUGCGUGUACUUCGCAAUGGCGAUUAUUAUCCUGUAACUUAGUACGACGCAAUGGCAAAAACUGAAGUUAGCUAGAGUAAUGCUUGCUUAUCGUAUGCACCGCUAUGAGCUGCGGUGUUUCGGCAACCACUUUCCACCCAUCGGUGUAUGUAAUCAAUCGUGCCACGCGCUCCGGAAGUACAUACGAAGGGGCCAAUCCGCGGGCAACAAGCAACAACGUCAGAGUGUGUUCAUCGCGUACGAAUCUCGCACCAUCGAUUAAAAACUCCUAAGCACAACAGGCCGCGCAUUUGCCGCUGGUGUUGAAUUAUACCGAAAAGACUGCCGACCGUAAUGUCGGUCGGUGUCUCAUUUGCCCUGUAGCAUUAUUUGUAAUACUGAAGUCUUCGCUUCUGUACAUAUUUCUCCCCAAAUCGCCAUUCAUUCCAAUGAUGUUAGCCUAUCUUUUUUUCGACGCAUUAUUUGCAAAUAUCUUACCGGUCGAUGCAUGCUUCUUCCGAUACUUCUCGUUCAUUAUGUAUGUGACUAUUAGGACAAAGUUAAAGUAACGUCCUUGGUGGCCCUUGCUGGUCACCAGAUCGCUAAAGAGCGGGACUUAGCACUUCAAUCUAUGAUUUUAGAAAAGGCGUUUCGAACUCCUGGUUUUGGGUAACAGCUCUUGUACGUUUCAUACGCUGAAUGUUCUGCUGUGCAGUUAUGUAUUUAAAAUAAGUUCUAAACUAUGAAUUCGUCUUUAUGCACUGAAAAAAACCAACAAUAUAAACUUGGAUAGAAAAGGAUUAUCGUAAAAGAAAUAUAUACUAUCGCCAAUCAUGCGACGCAUUCAGCUGCACAUUACGCCGAACAGCGUUGAGCGUCUUCUUCGUUAUCGACUCCUUUUCGGUGGGAAUCAGCCAGUGAAGAGGCAACAUUCAGCGCGUAUAAUCGAAUUAAAAUGAUAUCGAUAGAAGCAUACAAUAAUUGAAUAGAUGAAAUGAACCAACAGGCAACAACAUAAUGCGAAACUAAAGUAAAAGAAACAACCCCCUCAAAUUGGCAUCAAUGGCGUGCAAGAAGCUAAACCGAAUGCAAAACACAUACACAAAUAAACGGAAACUAUGCUACUCUGCUAAUGUGGCCCGCUCUGUAAGGCAAACAGUAGUAGGAAAUAUACUAUUGACAUAUAUAUAGCAUUAUUGCGUAAACUAUUAAGAUGAUAAAAUUAGUUGUUGAAAACAAAAGAAGUAAAUCGA